AUGAAUCCGUUGUGCCUCUUAGUUUCGAGGUGUUCUAUUUCUCCAGUUGCUGUUCGUGGAAUCACGUCAACCCCAGUCCUGCGUUCAGUAUUCAUGAAAAAGCAGAAGAAAGUGGACCCGGAGGUGAGUGUUCUUAGAGAAGCCCGGAAAAGAAGGCGCCUUGAGAAGGAAAUCAGACAGAUGUUGAAGCAUAGCAAGAAACCGAAACCGGUUGAUGAACUGUUACUCGACGUCAAGUCAGCAAAAAACAUAAAUGAGCGAUAUCGAGAACCCGUUGUGUUAACAGAAGAGCAGAUUGAUGAACGUGCAAUUGCUUUGAAGGACUACACACGCAGUCGCAAUACUUUGCAGCGAUUGGACGAUAAAUGGGUUCGGGAUGCCCUCAAGGCUCAAAGGAAAGCCUUGAAUGAACUGAAGCUCAUCGAUCCCGUCCUGUACCAAAAGGCUGUGGAACCUAUCGAUGGCCCACUGAACAUCGUUUUACAUGGUCCUGGAUUGACACCGCCGGUUGUCGACUAUCAGUCGCCCGAUGGAGACUAUAUAGAUACAACGAGAACAUGGACGUGA